AGACUGGGUUGUAACGUCGCAACUUGGAAUGGAGUCGAGGACAAGUUGCGUCGCAGACCAGCCUCAGCUAUGCAGCCUCGCAGACAAGCUUCGGAGCUUCGGUGAUGCUACACCUGGUAUCGCCACUCCUCUUGUCUUGCUUCUUGUCUGUAGGCGAUCGGCUUGGCUUGGCGCCUCUGUCAGCUUCCCAUGGAGCUGCACACUGUGUCAUGUUAGGUGACCUGCAGGAUUAUUGAGAUAUAUCUCUUGGCAAAGAUUCGCGUCGCGUCGGUGCUUCUUUGCUUGGAAGGGCUCUUGUUGCUGUGUCUCCCUUUCUUAGGGUUUUCUCUGGUGAUGCGAAGGGUGAGGGUGAGGACCUGUGCAGCUGGGAUGAGGAUUGGGGAUUAACUUCGUCGUCAGGGUUUCAGCGGGAGUGCAUUGGAAUAGAAGUGAACUGCUGAAGUGAAUGCUGCAAUCCGCGUUAGUGUGUGAAGAACAUGGACCCGAGGAAUGGCGAGCAAAUCAGAACUAUUUACUGGUCGGCUCCUGUCGUAUUUUCAAUUUCAAUUGAUCUGUCCUUAAGCGGAAUUGGGCUGCAUUCCUGCAUGGAUUUAGGAAUCUGCACCUCAUACCGCUGAGGAGUUGGCAAAAGUCUAGGUAGUCAUGGUGGGAAUAUCCUUCAAAAUAUCAAAGAUCGGCACUCGGUAUGUUCCAAAGGUCUCUUCCAACGUGAAGCUUCAGAAUCACGAAGCAGCUGCUGAAGAGAAUGGCGCUCACAUUAAUGAAGUCAAUCACCAGGAGGGGACGCUUAACCGGAAACGGCCGUUGCCCGAAGGAUUUGAGGGCGUGAAGAGUCUUUCCGCGAAGAAAAGCCGUGGGGAGAUUGCUCCGCGCGGUUCUUGUGGAGAUUUGCAGACGAAACAUAUUGAUUCUCUGGGGCGAAAUGUACCGAAGGAUGCCGAGGCUUCAUUUGCAAUCAAUCUGUUUCCUGAUGGUUUUUCUAUUGAUGAACCUACGGUGAAGGGUAAAUUGCCACCUCCCGCUUGUGAAGUGGCAGAAUUACACUUAUUACCUUAUGACCGUAAUACUGAUGAUUUCUUAAGGGCCAUUGACGGUGGAUGGAUGCCUAGUAUCUUGCUUGAGGACAUACCCUGCAAGUACUUUGAUGGUUGUGCUAUUUGCGAGCUUCGUGAUUACAGAGAUGGUCUUCAGACACUAUCUGGGGAAAGAAUCCAGUCACUGCCUCGCCAUGGAAGAGAAGGGAGUCUUAUUCCGACUGUGCAGCGUGUGGUGCUGCAACGAAAUAGUGGAAAUAUUUUCAAGGACCUUAAAUGCAUGGAUUUUGAUGGUUGGACCUACCAAGAGUGUCUGGAGUUGGAAGCUAGACUAAUAAAUGCUGUGCAACCUCCACUCUGCUUGGACCCAACACCAGAAGUUGCAAAAGAAGCUUACAUAACUAAUUACAAUAAGUUAAAAUAUAACAUAGGUUGCUCAAUUUACGGGAGGUAUCGAAAGACCUCUAGUUCUCUGCGAGAGCGCAGGCUGCAUAUUGCUGCCGCCGCCAAAGCUUUGUCAAGAGCUGAUGGCUUUGCUAAGCACCGGAAGACAAAUAUUGAUGGAGGGUUUGGAGGUGGUCCACCGCUUCUUAGGAAACAGGUUUCUGCUGUAUCACCAGGUGGAAGGUAUCGGUUACAAGAGGCUUCGAAAUUGUCUCAAGCAAUACCUGGUGUGUAUAUGCCGCAGUCAAGUGCUUCACUAGGUUCCCUGGGACAGCAAACGUCAGUGGGUCGUGCAGGAGGGCUGGCACAUUCAAUAUCUGCACUUUCGGUUCCUUCGGGUCCUCUGUCUCCUGCAACAUCUGCUGGAGGACACGAAGUAACAAGCGGCUCGGGAGGCGUAUCAACUAUGCUCGGAAGGAGGGAAAGCAAAGAAUCAGCAGCUGCAGCUCGGGCUGAGGCAAAGCAAUUGAAGGCCAAGCAGGCAUUACAGGAAAAACAGCAGUUACUGCAACGGAAAGCUCUGGAUAAACAGGAUGCAAAAGAUCAAAAGGGAAGACAACUCAAGGAAAAACUACAGCAGCAGCAGCAACUCAAAUUGGAGAAGCAGCAGCUUUUUCGAAGUAGCAGUCAUUUGUCGCUGUUGUCUCAGCACUCAGGCUCCAUCUCUAUGGGGGACGGUUCUACAACUCCUCGUUCUGAGAACAGAUCUAUGGGAGAUCAGAGAGAAGGGGUUGACGUAGUGAUCAAGAUGGAACCACAAGAGGUUUCAAGGCCCAAACAAGAAUUUGAUUCACAAAGUCUUGAUGAUGCUGAGAAAGGACGACAAGAGCAGCAACUGGCGGAUGCAGGGAAACAUCAAGGACUUCGAUCAGGUCAACACAUAGAACACUUGGGGAUGGUGCAGCAACCAAUGAACCCUCUGCUGCCGCAGAAUCCUUUGCCAAUUCCAGGAGUGAUUUUCAGUUCAGGUGUUGGGGUUUCAGAGUUACGCAUGGGGUCCAACCACAACUUGGUGUCUCCCGUCGGUGGUCUGGUGCAGGCACAAGCGCAUGUAUUGGGUUCAAACCUUGUUUCUGGCGUCGGUCCAAGUCAUAUGAGUCAGAUGCAACACUCUUUGGAGCAAUCUCGACAGAGACAAAACUCAUUGCCGAAAACUCCCACAAAUGCAACUCCAAAUCCUGGGGUGAAUGGUUCUUCUCUACCCCUUGGGAAUGGGGCUCUUUCGGCACCAGGUGUGAAGAUGGAACCAGCAACUGGUGGGCAGAGAGUUACGUCAAGUGGUGGUUCAGAAGUUCAGGGACAGAAUAAAGAGAUGGAGACAAUACAUAAAUUAGUUGCUGCCAUCCAGCGACAUGGAUUGCACAACAGAAAGAAACCAGCCGUAAAUUUUGUACUUCCAAACAAGAAUCCCCCGUCUUUCCAAUUGUUGUCAGUGGCCUUGUCUGAGACUGAUAGUGAGGUCAAAGUGCCUAUUGGUCAGCGAAGCAUGGCCAAUUCUCUUGCGGGUGGAAACGUAAACUCUCGCAAGACCCGCUCCCUGCUUUUUGUGAAAACUGAGCCAAAGCUUGACCAACCAUAUCCAGGAGCAAUGAACUAUCAACCUACUUUUCAUCGAUCACGAAAACGUCUUGUAUUGUGCGGUCGAGCAAAAGAUAGCCUGGUGGAGGCUAUUAUCCAAGUUGGAGAUGAUCAAGAAGAAGAAGCUGAACCUCCUCACCAUGUCUUGCCUACCAUGCCUAAUGUUCAUGUGGCUGACCGAUUUGCAAAACAGUACUGUGCUUUGCUGAAAAAGGAGAAUUAUGAGCUAGUUUCUGACGAAGUUCAACAAAGUGCGCCUCGUAAUUCAGUAGUGAAUGCAGCCUCGAGUGCUCGUCGCAUGCCUGCAGGUGCCUCUACCUUGGGCAACCCCCAAGUUGGUCAUCUUGCAACUACUCAAAGAGCUGUAAUGAGUCCGCAGUUGAUGCAAGGUGCUAUACCAGGGAAUGUAAUGCCUACUCAUAAUCCAAUGCAGCUUUCAUCCCCUAGCCAAUUGGCUGCUAACCGGAUGCCGCCUCCGUCGAAUGCCCCGAGUCGGCAACAGAUCAUGAACAACCAUUUGGGUCAACAAGGUAUUGCUUCGAAUGUAAAGCCUUCUCAGAUUGACCCUGCCCAAGCAUCUCAGAUAGCAGCUCAACAACAGCAACAUCACCAGAUGCAGCAGCAAGUACCGAUGCAGCGGCAAACGCAGCAGCAGCAACAUCUCCAACAACAUCACCAACAGCAGAUGGUGGCUGCCUCACAGAUAGCCCAACUGACGGGUCAGGGGCAUAAUUUGGCUUCCCCUCAUCUGGUGGCCCAGUCUAAUCAGCUGCAACAGCUGCAGUAUAUACAACAGCAGCAGCAACAACAACAGGCAAGGCAUCAGCAUCUCCUUAAUCAGCGGAAAGUCAUGUUAUCAGGAACUAUGGGGAACACGCUGCCGGGCAUGAGUAAUAUGAAUUCAGUAGGAAUGCCAGCAAAUACUGGUAAUCAAGCAAGUUUGGCCAACAUGCAUAACCUUGCGGGAAUGAAUAAUGUUGCUAUUGGUGGAAUAAGUACACUGACGUCUAUGUCUGGAAUGCCAUCCCUUGGAAUGUCGAGUCUAGGAAAUAUGGGUCAAUUGGGUGCUAUGAAUGCCAUGGGACAACAAGCAAAUUUACUUAGACCCGGACUUGGAACUAUAAACCAGGCUGCUGCAUUACAGCAAGCCUCGAAAGUGCAACAACUAGCGGUUGGGAGGGCACGGACAGGCACAAGUGUGCUCGCGAACACUGGUGGAGUGCGAUCUCAGGUGGAUGCACUCUCAGCUCUCGGAGGUACAAACCAGGUGCACGGAGGCUCUGGUGUUUCAGGAAUGGUACAGGGCAUGAUUCGGGGGAACAAUCUUGCUGCAUUGCAACGAAAUUCAGUGACGGGGCUUGCCUCACCGAAGAUUCCCUCCUCAAGCCAGAAUUAUUACUUGAAUUCGUCGCAGCAGCAACAACUUAAGGCACAGCAGUUGAACGCUCAGCAAUUGAAUCCACAGCUGCAACAGCAGCAGCAACAACAACAACAACAACAACAACAACAGCAACAACUGCAACAACAACAGCAACAACUGCUCAACUCACAGCAGCAACAACAACAACAGCAGCAGCAACUGCUCAACUCACCGCAGCAACAACAACAACAACAACAGCAACAACUGCUCAACUCACAGCAGCAACAGCAACAACUGCUCAAUUCACAGCAGCAGCAGCUGCAACAACAGCAGCUCAACCCUCAACAACUGAACGCACAGCAGUUGAAUCCACAACAACAGUUGAGUGGGGGUGGCAGCCUCAAUUCACUGGUUGGAAACCCGUCCAGCCCUCAACUUAGUAGUGGCCAAAGUUUAGGACCGUCGGGGAACGGCAGUGCAAGCUCAUCGUCAAUUGAGCUUCAGAAUGCUUCUCGUGCAGCGGCAGCAGCUGCCCGAGCUCCUGUAUUACCGUUGAGAGGGUCAAACACGCCUCGACCUGGUCAACAACCACAACUAGGACAGCCUACCCAAUCUCAGUAAAUUAUUGCUACGUGGAGGUGCUGAAGCUUUUGUAUAUAAGAGAGCAGUUCCGAAAGAUGAGCCAGUUAAGUUCGUAGCUUCCGAGCACCACUUAAAUUUGGAUCCAGUAGCCAGCAAUUUGCUGGCUCUGGAUAUCUUGCGGAAAAUUGAUGGUUGAGUCUUGGGUUUUCUCUAAGAAGGGGCGCAGCUUAACCUGGGAAUUAACUUUCUGGAGUUUUUGGAUCUUGUCCCCGUACUGUAAAUAAACCGAUGAGUUCAUUCAUCAACAUUUUGAGCUUAC